CAAUAACCAAAAACUUCAAGGGAGGUUUCAGCAAUUUACCCAAAUUAAAAUGGAGUAAAGAUUGAAGUGGUUGAACCAAAUUAUUUAUUAUUUUGUAUUUUGAUGAAUAAAAUAUUUGAAUUUGUCCUACUCAACCCAACUUCAGCUUUAUCCAUCAAGSAACUCACAACCUCCUUAAUUGAUAACUUAUUAACUAAAAGAGAAUGUAUUAAGCCAUUUAAUAGAAACUACAGAGUUGUGACAUCCAACAAAAUCUGAUUCCAUAUUUGAAAACUUAUGAGCUAUAUGCCUUGUUGCCUCAGUGGAUGUGGAAUAGCUUGUUGCCACAGUGACUCUCUAGACAGGUUAACACCUAAAAUUGUUGAACAGCUUGAGCGUGUAGGUUCUGUAGUUCAAGUUGCUGCUGGACCAAGCUACUCCUUAGCUAUAACCGGUGAUGGAACAGUACACUCCUAUGGGUCUGGCUCCAAUUUCUGCCUUGGCCGUGGAGAACAACAUAAUGAGCUCCAAUCACGUGUAAUCCAAUCAUUCAAGAGGAAGAGAAUUCAUGUGAUCCGUGUCUCAGCAGGAGAUGAGCAUGUGGUGGCACUUGAUUCCAGUGGAUAUGUAUACACAUGGGGCAAAGGAUACUGUGGGCGGGUAGGUGUACAUCAGACAACAUAAAUCAAGAUCCCACACAUGCAUGGAAGCUGAGCACAGCAGACAAUGUUAAAGGGUGGAUGGAUUAAAGGAAAACGGCGGCGGGUAGGUGUACAAUAUCAGGGGCUAUUUAAAAUCAAUGGAUUGGAGUUUGGAGAGAACAGAUUAGCUGAACUUAAUAGCUAUAUUUCCGUGUGUGGUACCAUUCAUAAUACCCCACACUAGCCAUAAAGUGCACAUGGCCCUGAACUUUGGCUGGCGUGGAGCAUUAUGAUUGAUCCCACAGCCCAAAACACAUAUCAAGUUUCAGCUAAUAUGCUCGCCGAAUUGGAUGAUGAAGAUUGUACACUCGAGAGAAUAUUUCUGAUUGAGGAGACACUUCAAACAAAAAGAAAGAAAGAAAGAAAAGAAUCAAAUUUUAUUGGACCAUUAGACCUUUGAGCACCCAAGAGAAACGUCUGAUAUUCUUUCUUGUGUUA